AUGCUUUCCUUCGAAGGCGACCCGGGGCCCUACCUACAAUACGCACACGUCCGACUCUGCUCCAUCUCCCGCAACAAUCCGGCGCUUUUCACACUCCCGCCGCGCAGCCAGGUCAACACCGUACUGCUGGUUGAACCCGCCGCUCGCGAUAUCAUGAUCGUGUUCCUGCUCGGCUCAUAUCCCGACGUGGUCAAAGUAGCGUUGCGGAGCCAUGAGCCGAGCGGGGUCGUGACGUUCGCGUUCCGCCUUAGUCACGCAAUAUCGGCCGCAUGGGAGGCUGUAAUUGUCAAGGGUGCAGACGUCGAGAAGGCCCCAGGCGCAGAUGUGGAUGUACCUCUGCACGCGAGACAUUUUAGGGGCUGCUAUGCGACUAUUGAGCAUCACGGCUCUGGAGUGAAUGUAGAAGGACUAACAUAA